UUCCCUCGCUCCCCUAUAGCCACGGCACGCGCUCCUCUCUAUACAUGUCCAUCAGACCGUGAAUAGAGACCAGCGCGCAUCGCUAGAAGAAAGGCCAGGUACAUCUGCUCUGUAGCCCCCGGUCCGAAUCUCUCAGCCCUCCCACGGGCAAUUCCACAGAGAUCGGCGCUCGCCUCUGAUUGGACGAGGUGGAAGCGAGCAGGGGCGAGAACAAUAACAUCAUCCCCGCUUAAAAAGAGUGCAGCUAUGCGUUAAAGAGCAAAAGCAUCUCUCAGAGGGAGGGAGGCGGACGGCGCUUCUGUUACUGUGGAUCAUAUACCGUUCGUCCUGUUGUGCCUUGUCAUCCUCGCCUCAUCCAUCCGCCGACAUGCCCAAAGGAUUCCUAGUAAAAAGAAACAAGAAGGCAGCGCUCAUCUCCUACAGAAUUCGCUCGGAUGAGGAAGGAGGCUCAGCUCCAGAAUGUCACAUCCCUCGGAUGGAGUCAUCUUUCCCCGCGCCCGUCUCUUCCAAGCCGGACAGAAUCAUCUCAGCAUCCCCCUCAGAUGGAGCAGAUGCACCGGUGCCUGUCCACAGCGCGAAGCCAGUGCAGUUUGGCAACCCGGAGACGGUCUACCAAGCCCUGUACAGCCCCACCCGGCCCAUAAGCAAGGAGCACGACAGAAAAUAUUUCGAGAGAAGUUUCAAUCUGGGCUCGCCUGUAUCCGCCGAAUCGUUUCCCACACCCGCCUCUCUCACCAGCCUGGACCAUCAUCAUCUUCUGUUCGCUCCGGUUGACUUGAAAAUCGGCACCAGCAACAGCAACCGGAGCGGAACGGCGAGCAGCGUCGCGCACGCCCCGUCAGUCAGAACCGGCACCAAAAGACCUUCCUGCGACGCCGAGCGCAAAAACGGCGGCGUCAAAAGCGCCAAGAAACCCAAAGCCAUACGCAAACUGAAUUUCGAGGACGAGGUGACCACGUCCCCGGUGCUGGGCCUGAGAAUCAAAGAGGGACCGGUGGAGAUGAAACCACGGACGGCCUCGAGCAACAACACCAACAAGCCCUUGGGAGAGUUCAUUUGCCAGCUCUGCAAAGAAGAAUACUCGGAUCCCUUCUCUCUGGCACAGCACAAGUGCUCCAGGAUUGUACGGGUGGAGUACAGGUGUCCCGAAUGCGACAAAGUCUUCAGCUGUCCCGCAAACCUGGCCUCUCAUCGGCGAUGGCACAAACCGCGAGCCCAGAGCACACCGGGCUCGCAAAGCACCAAACAAGCCAUUCAACCCGCCAAACCGUUCCCAGCGGAGCUUAAAGAGUUCUCCGCCGACAGAAACUCACCGAGUCCGGGUCUGUCGGAGUCCAGCUCGGACGACGGACUGUAUGACUGCCAGCACUGCGGGAAGAGAUUUAAACGCCAAGCCUACUUGAGAAAGCACAUGUUGGGACACCAAGCGCUCCGAAAUCAAAUGACGGGAAACGCUUUUCACAACGCGGAGAGGAGAGUGGAGAGCCCCGAUGUCGUGGACAGCCAAAGGAGCCAAAGUCCACUCAAUCUAAGCCCCGUGGACUGUCUCAUGUGUCCCGCGUGCGGGGAGAACCUGCCCAACCGGGCGAGUCUGGAGCGACACCUGCGCCUCGUGCACGACGAUUCUCAGGCGUUUCCCUGCAAGUUCUGUCCUGCCACUUUCUACAGCUCCCCGGGUCUCACCCGACACAUCAACAAAUGCCACCCCACCGAAAACAGGCAGGUCAUACUGCUCCAGAUGCCCGUGCGCAACGCCUGCUGAAGGGCACCCGCGCGCGUCUCCAAAACCGACACCAACGUGUCGUCUUACAUGUCAUCAGUUUCCUCUCGCCUAGAACCCCGGAGAAACAAAUAAAAAAGUGUUAGUUUGGUCCUUACAAAGGUAUUUUUCUAGAACCCUUGCACACAUCAUGGUAAUGUAAUAGCUUCUAGACCUAAGACACGUUCGUGUACCUCUGCCUUGAAUUCACAUGCUGUGCGUUUCGCGUCUGUAGCUUUAAUCUAGUAUGUGAAUGACGGGACUAACAGAAAAACAAAUAGAUCUUCAAAAGUUUCCCUUUAGUAGCCAGAAAUGCCUUUAGAGAGAAAUACAACAAACUACUGCCUUAAGAACUCUUAAGCGUUGAAAUGAUUGUUCUUGAUUUUUGAAUGUUGCACACAAUGACUUGUGUAAUAACUUGCUAUCAUGCUGUAAAAUUAUUGUAAUAUGUUUAUUAUCGGUAAUAUUUUAUUUUAUUUAUUUAUGUAUUUAUUUAAUUUCAAUGGCUCCGUGUACCUAAAUUAUUGUUUUGUGAUGUCGAAUCAUUUGUCAAAGUCUCGGGUGGUGUCAAGUUUGGAUGUUCGCUCCCUUGAAACGUAAAGCUCUUAUAGAUGCAAUCCUUUUCUACGUAUACAGCCUAUUUUCCUAAAUGUUUGCUACCUAGUG